AGGACUUUGUGGUUAAAAUGUUCUCAAAAUUAUUUCGACCUGUUGCUGAAAAUUCGUACAAAAUAGAAAACAGAUUUGCUUCAAGCCAAACUGCCGUUUUAAAAAGUAUAAUAAAAAAUGAGCCUUCAGGACCUUCUGUUAAAACAGAUAUUCCAGGACCAAAAAGUAUAGAGUUGAUGGAUCAACUGAAAAAAGUAUACAAUCUUGGCGCUACCCAAUACAUAGUCAAUUAUGAGAAGUCCAUCGGUAAUUACGUAGUAGAUGUAGAUGAUAAUAUUCUUCUGGAUACGUUCACACAAAUUUCUACCAUGCCAAUUGGUUAUAACCAUCCUGCGUUAUUAGAAGUAUUCAAAGAUCAACAAAAUAUAAAAAGUUUAGUUAAUAGACCAGCUUUGGGAGUUUAUCCAGGGAUGGACUGGCCAAAAAGAAUGGAGAACAUUCUUGGACAGGUAUCUCCCAAACUUCCAAAAAUCACCCCAAUGAUGUGUGGCGCCUGUUCCAAUGAAAAUGCCAUGAAGUCAGCUUUUAUAGCUCAUAAAAUGAGAGACAGAGGUGGUAAAGAAUUCACUAGCGAAGAGAAAAACUCCAGCGUUAUGAAUCAACGUCCUGGAUGUCCCGAUCUAUCGAUUUUGUCCUUCAAAGGAGCUUUUCAUGGAAGAACUGUCGCAACGUUAUCCUGCACACACUCAAUGUAUAUUCACAAAUUAGAUAUUCCAAGUUUUUCACAUUGGCCUAUCGCUACUUACCCAUUAUACAAAUACCCCUUAGAAGAAAAUAAAAGAGAAAAUGACGAAAUAGAUAGGAAAUGUUUGGAAGAAGUUGAAGAACUGAUUGACAAAAAUAAAAAAGUGUGCCCCGUCGCAGGUGUCAUUAUAGAACCUAUUCAGUCAGAAGGUGGCGAUAAUCACGCUUCUCCAGAAUUUUUCCGAAAACUACAAGAAAUCUGUAAGAAAAACGAUGUUGCGUUGAUAAUAGAUGAAGUACAAACCGGUUGUGGACCUACUGGAAAAUUUUGGUGUCAUGAACAUUUUAGUUUACCCCAUCCCCCUGAUAUAGUGACAUUUAGUAAGAAGAUGCAAAUGGCUGGGUUCUUUCAUUCUGACGAAAUGACUGUACAACAACCGUCAAGAAUUUUUAACACUUGGAUGGGCGAUCCUGGAAAAACCAUUCUUUUAGAAACUAUCAUUGACGUGAUAAAAACCCAAAAUUUGCUAGACCAAGUUGAAAGAUCCGGAAAACGGAUGUAUUCGGGACUUCAGCAGCUGCAAAAUGAAUUUCCAGAAUUGCUACAUUCGCUAAGAGGUCGUGGCACUUUUAUUGCGAUAAAUGCUCAUGGAACUAAUUUGCGGGAUGCUAUUAUCAAAAAUUUAAAGAAAAAUGGUGUACAAAGCGGUGGUUGUGGACAUGAAGCUAUCCGUCAUAGGCCAGCACUAGUAUUCCAAGAACAUCAUGUCGACAUAUAUUUGGAUAUUCUGAGAAAAGUUCUCCGGGACCUUAGCGAAAGCAAAUAAAAAAAAUAUUAAAGUGCAAUUACUGUACAUUUUAUAUUUAAAAAUUACUUCCAUGGGUAAAACUGUCUUCCAAAG